AUGAUAUACCUGUGCAAUAUUGUCUAUGGACACCCAGAAGACAAAAAACACUCGGUUAGAGUGGCGAUAGGAAACGGUCUCCGCCCAGAUAUUUGGGAGCGCUUUCAGAAGCGUUUCAACAUUCCCGUUAUAUGUGAGUUCUAUGGUGCGACGGAAGCUCCUUUCUUCAGUGCAAACACAGACAAUACUGUUGGCGCAAUUGGUAAAUUUACACCGAUUUGGAAGCUCAUAACCGGUUUGACUUUGAUCAAGUACGAUUACGAAACUGCAGAGCCAAUCAGAGAUGCAAAAGGCAGGUGCAUUCCUGUAAGUCGAGGCAAAGUUGGUUUACUGCUCUGUCCAAUCAAUGACCGGGCUCGUUACGAUGGAUACUCGGGCGAUAAAAAGCUGUCUGAACAGAAGGUUGUCCGAAAUGUCUUUAAAGAAGGCGACGCUUAUUUUAAUAGUGGUGAUCUGCUAAUGCUUGACAAGAAUUAUUAUCUGCACUUUGUAGAUAGACUUGGUGACACAUUCAGAUGGAAGGGUGAAAAUGUUGCCACUACAGAGGUGUCGGAGAUUGUCACAUUGUUUCCCGACAUCAAGGAAGCAAAUGUAUAUGGCGUAAAGGUACCCGGCCAAGACGGACGAGCUGGAAUGGCCGCCAUAAUAUUAGAGGAUGAUCAAGUUUUCAGAUUGAAAGAGUUUUAUGACUACAUCACUUCCUCCCUGCCGCUGUACGCAUGCCCGAGAUUUUUGAGGGUGAUGAAAACCCUUGAAACGACGGGUACCUACAAAUAUAAGAAAGGAGACCUGGUUCGCGAAGGAUUUGACCCCAAUAAAGUAAAGGAGCCUAUGUAUUUCAUCGAUUUAAAUGCAAACACUUAUUCACCGUUAGACGAAAUAUCAUUCGGGAAAAUUGUUGCUGGUAAAUCGAGGCUGUAAUCAACACCAUGUCGAUUCACAAAAAUAGAUAGCCAGAAAGAUGUCAACAAUGACAUUGUCAGCUUUUGGUGAUUCUGUUUGUGUAUUUAUUGACAUGUUGUGAAAGGAUUGAAUGCUCCCUGCUGUUGCGAUGUAUUCUUUCCACCCGCUGGGAAAUUGUCAUUAUUUUUUGGGGGUGUAUCAGAAUAAAUGAGAGAAAAACCCAA